ACUGUCUUUUACAGACGAGAGUUUUUCUUCUCAUGCGUGCGGUUGUAUCAGCGUCGUUUCCCAAAGGUGGAGAUGUUUAUGUUUGUGUUUGGGCGAAGCGGCGACAAUGCUUCCUUCGUGCGGCUUCUUUAAUAAACUGCCGUGUCCUUUCUUCGCGUCGGGACUCUGCGAGCGGCCUCACUGCCACUUCAGCCAUGAGAAAAAGGGAGAUUCUCGGCUGGGUCUCCCUACAACCCCUGCCCAACCAACGGAGGACCAGUCAAAUCAGCUGCUGCAGUAUGUCAACGACGCCCUGCGCCGUGUCAGGCAGGACAUGGCUCAAGUGUCCUCACUUGGUUACGUCCCGACGCCCAUGGUCACACGUCCGCCGGAACCGAAGCCGAGGCGCUACAUCCCAGCCCAAAGCGUGCCCCAGUACCGGCCCACACCUCUGGCUGAGCUGCGCAGGCGUUGCCUCCUGCCCAUUCGCGCACCGACCCAGCUGAACCAGACGAAGAGCGCAACUUCGGCAGCACCAGCCGGCCAAGUUAAGCAAUCCAAGUCCCCGGAACAGAGCAGCGAUGGGGGCAGCCAGGUGAACGGCAGUGCCGCAGCUGACGAUGACGAUGCGGACAUGGUGCAGGAGGAAGUGGAUGCCAUCGUUCGGCUCAAGGACAAGCGCCUUGGUGGACUGGACGGCUCGUUGGCAAAGCCUUCUUCCAAAGCUGAAGCCACUGCUGAUGUCGAGGGUGCAGACAAGGCAUCGAAGGAGAUGGUUAAGAAUGAGUUAGUGGAAAAAGAGAAGAAGGAAGAGGUGAAAGAGCAGGAGAAUAAGGGUGAAGCAAGCAAAGUGAAAGAAGAGGAUGAGAGCAUGGCAAAUGGCGAGACCGCAGAACAAGCUCAAAAGGAGGACAGCUCGGAAGAGCAUCACUCAGGACCAUCAUCCAGCAGCAAGGGGCAUUCGUCAUCCAAACAUCAUUCGUCGACCAAGCACUCGUCCUCCAAGAGUUCACAGUCCAAGCAUUCGUCAUCUAAACACUCAUCAUCCAAGCACUCAUCGAAGGAACGGUCCUCCAAAGAGUCAUCAUCCAAGGUGUCAUCAUCCAAAGAGCAAUCGUCCAAGGAGCCAUCAUCUAAGGAAAGUUCAUCGAAAGAAUCAUCAGCCAAAAAGCCUUCAUCCAAGGGGACAUCCAAGGAGUCGUCAUCCAAACGAUCCAAGGAGUCAUCAUCCAAGCGGUCAUCUAAGGAGCCCUCAGCUAAGGACUCCACUUGCAAAGACUCCUCACCCAAGGAGAAUUCCCCUAAGGAAAUCUCUGAGGACUCGCCCUCCAAGGAAUCCCCGCCAAAAGAGACCCCAUCAGAUGAUUCCUCAUCCAAGAAGUCAUGCAAGGAAUCACAUACAAAGGGUCCCUCUGAAGAUUCCUCAUCCAAGGCAGCAUCGAAGCCACCUUCUAAAGAAUCGUCAAACAGGCAUUCAUCGUCGAAACACUCCUCUUCAAAGCACCCCUCAAAACACUCAUCUUCAAAGAACUCAUCUUCGCAUCAUUCAUCUUCGAAGCACUCGUCUUCAAAACACUCAUCUUCAAAGCAGUCGUCCUCGAAGCAUUCUUCACAUCACUCGUCUUCAAAACAUUCUUCCUCUUCACGUCACCCAUCUUCGAAUCACUCCUCUUCAAAACACUCGUCGUCAAAGCAUCCAUCAUCGAAUCACUCAUCGAAGCGGUCCUCGUCCACAUCUGCCACAGACCACUCAUCAUCUAAAAAGAGGAAGGAAGGCGAUUCCAAAUCUAGUCACCACAGUUCGUCCAAGCGGUCAUCCGGCCAAAAGCACAGCAGCAGCAGCUCCUCAUUGCGGAAGAAGGAAGCCAGCGCGGAGGAGUCCGACAAGCGGGGAGCAAAGUCUGCAUCCAGUGAAUCGGAGGAUUCCUCUUCAGGUGCUUCUUCCUGCCAGGAAAGGGGGUGUGACGAAGGGAAGAAGAAUGAUGGAGUGAAAGUGGAACCCGUCACGGACAGGCCUUCGUUCGAGCUGGAGUGGGAUCUGGAGUCGGAAGAGGAGGAGGACCCGGUGGAGGAGUGCUUGCGCAUAUUCAAUGAGGCCUCCCAGCCCAACAACACACCCGUGAUGGCAAAUCAGGAGCGGGUGCAUGUGAAGCGGCCGGCUGAGAGCACUCUGGAGCCUGCUGUCCCGUCCAAGAAGCGUGUUGCCCACAACCCAGAUCUUGCUCGGCGUCCGGCAGCAGCAGCUCCGCGAGGCCUGCUGGCGCACGUGUCCGCUGCGCAGGCCAUGCACAACCGUUUUGCGCAGCUGCAGCAACGUUUCCAGGCAGCAGGACAGGGCCGAGUGGCUCCAGUGGCGAAUGCGCCGCUGCUGGCGGCGGCGCGUCGCUCUGCCCUAGCCCAGCUGCCUCAGGGGACCCGCACUGCAGCCCACGUGGUGGCCUCCCAGCCCAAGGGCCAGCCAAGGGUUGCCCACGUUCCAGCCGUGGUCUUGUCCAAGCGCCCCACCAUCCCGGCCGAGUACGGUAGCCGAGUUCCCACGGCUGUGCGUCAGCGUUACCUCAACCUCUUUGUGGAUGAAUGCGUUAAAUGCUCCAGCACUGAAGAUGAAGCCAUUCAGAAGGCACUGUCCGAAGAAAAGCAGACAUACGACCGGAGCUCCAGCAAGACCGUCUACCUGAAUGUGGCCGUUAACACGCUCAAGCGACUGCGCCGAGAGGUGGCCCAAGAAGGGGGCGUGUCCUCUGCUGGCUCUGGCUCUUCCGGAACGGCCGCCACCGCUGCUGCUGCGGCGCCCGUGCAGACCUCCAACCGCGUGGUCUCCCACGAGAUGGUGUUGCAGGGCGCCCGUGCAGCGCGAACGAGCUUUAGCAUCGAGAAGAACCGCUACCGCAAGCCACCUCCGGAACUGACAGCGUCCCGCUUCUAUGAGCUGCUGGAGCCGUACCGGCUGUCCACGGAGCAGCUUGUGGAGUACAACUACCCGCGGUCGCAUCCAACGGAACCGGGCCGCGCAAUUUUUGGCGGAACCGAUGGCCGUCAGUACUCCAAACUGAAUGACUCGAUGCUACGAUGCAGCCGGUGCGGUGCCAUGUUCUCGCUGACGGAAGAUGGUGACUACGUCCGCUCGGAGGAGUGCGUCCACCACUGGGGUCGCCUCUGGAAGAAGAGGAUUGCGGGAGCCCUGGAGAGUCGCUACAGCUGCUGCGAGGGUGACGGAGAAUCGGACGGUUGCUGCGUAGCCAAGGGUCACGUGCACGAGGGCCCAGAGCCGAGCCAACUGACAGGCUUUGUUUCAACGCUUGCCAAGAGCCCACCACCUGGUGGGGGCUGUCCAGGAGUCUACGCACUCGACUGUGAAAUGUGCUACACUUCGGAAGGUGUCGAACUGACACGAGUGACAGUGGUUGGCUGGGACCUGCAGCCUGUGUACGAGACGCUCGUCAAGCCAAGGGGGAAGAUCUUGGACUACAACACACGGUUCAGCGGCCUGACGGAAGAGGACAUGGUGGGUGUGGAGACGAACCUGCGGGAUGUCCAGGCAGCCCUGCUGGCCCGUUUCUCGGCCGACACCCUGCUCCUGGGCCACAGCCUGGACUCGGACCUUCGCGCCCUGCGGCUGGUGCAUGGGCACGUCGUCGACACGGCCGCCGUGUUCCCCCACCGACGGGGCCUUCCUUACAAGCGGGCCCUGCGCACCCUCAUGGCCGAACACCUGAGCAAGAUCAUCCAGAAUGGAGUGGACGGUCACGACAGCCAGGAAGAUGCAGCCGCCUGCAUGGAGCUCAUGCUCUGGAAAGUGCGUGACGACCUCAAGAAAGGCAUCCGAUGAUGGCACGGAUGCCCCCAGCAGUGCCGAACAUAGCCGCAAAAAAGAAGAACUUGGUCCGCUUUGCCAUGGCUGGCAAGGAGGCACACCAUGUCCUCUGGUGGUCUGGAAAGCCUGCACGUUCAGCAGGGAUGGCUUUCGCCUUUUGACACACUGCUUCACUUGCGACGAACGAAUUUGGGAGCCCCAGGAAAGCGCCCGCAGCAGCUUUGGACUACCCUGGAUCCAUUGGUAUUCGUCUUGCGAGAGCAAGGUUCGCUAGCGGGUUUUACAGUGCACUGAGCUUGAGGCUGGCCGUGCUUAGUGCUAGGGAGGCUAAUCCUUUGGCUCCUGAAGAGGGCUGGACCAUGGCUAUUAGCUCUAUUCAAACAAUGCUUCAGGCAUGUCAUUUUAAAGGCCCGCCCGCGUACUACAAUGCCAAGUGGAGCGAAGAAUGAAACGUGUCGAACAAAUUUGGAAAUUUUUAGCGAAGCAGUAACAAACAAAAACGAGAGUUCUGCAAAAAAAAAAAGAAGACAGUUUAUGAUUUGUCAACAAGCAUUUUGUUAGGAAAACUGAAUAAGGACAGGCGGCUUUCUAGCAUUGCCUCUGAUUUUUUAAGAAAGCUGUCACUCAGAUUGAGGACAAGAAAAUGGUAGGCAACAGUCUUCGAGCCAGGUCGGCAUUAGUUAUGCUGCUAGUGUCAAAAAGCUUUCCUUGCCAGGCUCCCAAAGGUCACAAGUGUUUGGGUUUGAGCAAGGCAGAGUCUUAGUUGGACAAUGAUAUAAGAGUUUUUACCUCGCCCAUUUGGGCAGAAUUAAAGAUAGUCGCAAAAAAGAAAAGUAAGUUUUGUUGUUCGCUCAGGACUUCUAAAUAAGAUGUGAGAGAGAAAGUAAUCACCCCUUUUCUCAUCUGCCAAGCCUGGCUUCAUCUCGUGCGCACACGAAGUACUACCGUGUCUGCCUUCAUUAUCUUUGGAUACACUCCCCACUUCUCCUAGGUGGCGUGCUUGCCAGUGCUGGUCGCCUGUGGUACGCACGCCACCGACCAGAGCACCCACGUCCCAUUGUUAGCACCGCUGGGGUCGUGCUUGACCUAUUUUUUCCUGCACGCGUGGAAGUUUCUCAAUGUUGAGGGGGAGUUGUAACCUAUAUUUAUGUAUAUAUAUAAAUAUAUAUGGCACAAACCGUUGUCUGUUCUUGCGCUUGUUUCUUUUCUCCUUAACUGUGAGCAAUACCAGAAGAACCACGUCGAAUAAACGUGUUGUUUCAAAGUCA